CUCACCAUUUAUCUUUCCUCUUAAUGAACAAAAGUUCCUGCCAAAAGUAUACAUAAGUUGUUGGAUCUAUAAGACUCUAGUCUGGUCCUGUGUGGUAUCCAAGCAAGGGACAUGGGCUUCUAGAGGCUGGAACAACACAAAACCAACUGACUCAUCUGACAGCGUGAUUCAUCGGAGAAAUUUCUAUCUCAGAUGUCCUAAGAUGAGUUUCCUGCAGAUUUUACCAUUCAUGCUGAUCACCCUACUCAGUACAGGAACAUUUAGCCCAUUGGUUGUAGAAGGAAAACUCGACUCGUCUUUCCUUUCACGAUGCAGUCUGUUUGGAGAAAAUCACAUCAGGACCUUCGAUGGCACAUUUUAUGACUUUGCCGGUGAUUGUAGCUACAUGAUGGCUGGAGAAUGUCAUAAACGUUCCUUUUCCCUACUAGUUGAUUACCGAAAGGGAAAAAAGAAGAGUGUGUCAAUGUAUCUGGGAGAAUAUUUUGAUAUUCAUGUGUUUCUGGAUGGUACUGCAACUCAAGGAGAUAAAAGCAUUUCAAUGCCAUAUGCCGCUAAUGGGAUCUUUUUGGAGACUGAAGCAGGAUAUUAUAAAUUGAUGAGUCAAGAACACGGAUUCAUUGUCAAGAUAGACACUAGAGGAAAUAUACAGGUUUUCUUAUCCAACAAACUCUUCAACAAAACAUGCGGUCUUUGUGGCAACUAUAAUCAGCUUGCAGAAGAUGAUUUCAUGACUCAAGAAGGCAUUAUGGCAGACAGGAGUUAUGAUUUUGCAAAUUCCUGGGCAUUAUAUGGGGGAGAGAAGAGAUGUAAAAGAAUGUACCCACCAAACAAUACUUGCAAUGUAUCAUCUGAAGUAGCAGAAAAGGGUUUCAUGCAAAGAUGCGAAAUAAUGAAAACAAAUAAUGUGUUUAUGAAAUGCCACCAUGUAGUCAACCCAGAACCUUAUGUUUCUCUUUGUGAAGAUGACAUGUGUACAUGUGCUGAGGAAAUGGACUGCCCAUGUCAGGCUUUCUUGGAAUAUGCGAGAGUAUGCGCACAACAUGGUGUUAUCUUGAGCAGCUGGUCAACAUAUUCUACUUGUAAACCUCAAUGCCCAUUUGGAAUGGAAUAUAAUGAAUGUGUAUCCCCAUGUAUUAAAACCUGUCAGAGUCUGGGCAUCAAUGAAGUGUGUAAAGAAAAAUGCAUUGAUGGAUGUACUUGUCCAGAUGGGAAGGUUCUUGAUGGAGACCGGUGUAUUGAAGAAUCUGAAUGCUCAUGCAUUUAUUCGGGAAAGAGGUACCAUGUGGGAUCGGUUAUCCAACAGGAUUGUAAUUCUUGCACGUGCAAUCGUGGACUUUGGGAGUGCAGCAGUGAAGACUGUCCAGGGGAAUGCUUCGUAACUGGCCAGUCACAUUUCAAAAGUUUUGAUAACAAACAUUUUACCUUCAGUGGCAUCUGCCAUUAUUUACUUGCCAAGGAUACAAUGGAUAAUUCAUUUUCUGUUGUUAUAGAGACUGUACAGUGUGCUGAUGACCAAGAUGCUGUAUGCAUCCGAUCUGCCUCUGUGCGUCUUCAGGAGGAUAUGCAAAAUAUAACCAUAAAACUUAAACAUGGAGGUAUGGUCGCUCUAGAUGGACAAGACAUUCUCCUGCCUCUACUGCAAGGACCCCUUCGGAUCCAAACAACAGUGAUGUCAUCAGUACGACUUUCAUACAAAGAUGAUCUGCAAAUUGAUUGGGAUGGUCAUGGAAAACUCUUGGUUAAGGUGUCAUCAAUAUACUCAGAUUACACAAGUGGACUUUGUGGAAACUACAAUGGCAAUCAGGGUGAUGACUUUCUCUCACCCUCGGGGCUUGUAGAACCAAGUGUGGAGGAUUUUGGAAAUUCCUGGAAACUUAGUGGAGAUUGUGAAGAUGUAAUAAAACAAGACACAGACCCAUGCAGCCUGAACCCAAAACGAGCAAGAUAUUCUGAUGAAGUAUGCCUUAUGAUCAUGACAUCUACGUUCGAGCCAUGCCACGAUAAAGUGAACCCUGAGCCAUAUCUGAAAAAUUGUCGUUAUGAUGUUUGUUCAUGCUCUGAUGGAAAGGAAUGUAUGUGUUCUGCAUUUUCCAUGUAUGCAGUAGCAUGCUCAAGAAAAGGUGUCAUCAUAGAUUGGAGAACACCAGAAUUUUGCCCUCUAAAAUGUUCAGAAGGAAAAAUUUACCAACAAUGUAGAAGCCCUUGCAAUCAAACUUGCAGAUCAUUGUCUCUUCCGGACUCUAAUUGUAAAGAAUAUUGCAUGGAGGGCUGCUACUGCCCAGCUGGCCUGUUUGUUAAUGAACUUGGGGAAUGUGUAUCCAAGGCACAAUGUUCCUGUUACUAUGAUGGAGAACUCUUUCAACCUGAUGAUAUAUUUUCAGAUCAUCACUCCAUGUGCUAUUGUGAGAAUGGGCAGAUGCACUGUAGUUCCAAUGCUCUAGGUGCCCAUUUUACUGAUGAUUUUUUUAUGGAGUCAUCAGCAAGAGUGAAAAGAAGUUUACUCUGCAAUCCCCCCCUGGAAAAAAUAAUAUGUUCAGCUAACAACCCAAAAGCCACAGGGAUGGAAUGUGCCAAAACCUGCCAAAACUAUGACCAUGACUGCAUAAGCUAUGGUUGUAUAUCGGGUUGCAUGUGCCCCAGGGGAAGGGUUCAACACAAAACAAAGUGCGUAGUGCCAGAACGAUGCCCAUGCUUCCAUGCAGGGAAUGAGUAUGCUCCUGGUGAAUCAGUGCAAAUUGAUUGUAAUACGUGUGUUUGCCAAAACAGAAAAUGGCAAUGUACAAAGAAUGUGUGUGAUGCCACCUGUUCAUCAAUUGGAAUCGCAAAUUAUAUAACAUUUGAUGGUUUAAAAUACUCUUUUCCUGGUGAUUGCCAAUAUGUAUUGGCACAGGAUUAUUGUAAUGGCGGUUCUGGAAGCUUCCGUAUACUUGUAAGGAAUGAGGGUUGUGGAAUAUCUGUCGAAAAAUGCUCCAAAAUUAUAACCAUUCUGUUCAGAAGUGGAGAAAUUGAGUUAAUUGAUGAACAGGUAUACAUUGCAAAACCUCCAGUGGAUGAAGCUAAUUUGGAAGUUUUACAUUCGGGGAAAUUCAUAAUUCUCAUUCUUGGAAAUGAUAUCUCUGUUGCCUGGGACAAAAAAAUGACAAUUUAUGUCACACUGAAAGAAACCUUCAAGGACAAAGUCUGUGGUCUGUGCGGGAAUUUUGAUGGGAGUGAAAACAAUGAUUUGACAAGUAGCAAUAAUCAGGUGGAAGUUUACGCCAGUGAUUUUGGGAAUUCUUGGAAAGUAAAUUCUCAGUGUGCUGAUUCUAAAAAGUUUCCUGCAGGAAAGGCUCUGUUACUGUGCCAACAGAAUAGUUUGAAGCAAUCCGCCGUGGAAACUGCCUGUGACAUUUUGACAGGUGAAAUCUUUGCUGAAUGUGAAAAACUGGUAAACCCAGAACCAUACCGAGAGAUCUGUAUGUACGAAACGUGCAGCUGUGAAUCUAUUGGGGACUGCGCAUGCUUCUGUGAUUCUGUGGCAGCUUAUGCUCAUGCAUGUGCUCAGAAGGGAGUCAACAUCUACUGGAGAACACCACAUUUGUGCCCUCAAAGUUGUGAAGAGAAGAAUAAGAAAGAAUUGGAAUAUGUAUGUGAAUGGCGAUACAACAGCUGUGCGCCAGCAUGCCCGGUGACAUGUCAACACCCUGAAAAAAUGGAUUGUCCCUUUAAAUGCGUUGAGGGCUGUCAUGCAAACUGUCCGCCUGGUAAAAUACUUGAUGAGUUAUCAGAAUCAUGUGUUGAUCCCAUUGAGUGCCCAGUAUGUGUGUUCAAUGGUCAACGUAUACCAGAGGGAAAGAGCAUUUACUUGGAAAAAAAUGAUCCUCAACAUUGUCAGUCAUGUAUUUGUGAAAAAAGAACACUACACUGUGUUGCUUGUCUAAAAGAACCUAGAACAACUCCAGGAUCUACUACCCUUUCACCAGCUGAGCCAACUGAUAUUGAAAUAGAUGAGGGAAGAUAUGAAUGUAACAAAAUGAUGGACCUUGCUUUCUUGGUUGAUGGAUCCUCAAAACUUUCAGAAAAUGAUUUUGAGAUUGUUAAGACGUUUAUUGUUGAUAUCAUGGAAAAGAUUCAUAUUUCACAAAAGAGAAUCCGAGUAUCUGUUGUGCAGUAUACCUCUAAGUCAGCGCCAAAAUUAUUUGGCCUCAAUGAGAAUAAGAGGCUUGCAGAGUUGGUGCAACGAGUGAGAAAAAUGAAGUACAUUGGUAGCACAAGUUCUUCUACCUUUGAAGGCCUAAAAUAUGUCUCUCAUUAUGUGUUUCGUGAAGCUCCAAGAGAAAAUGCUCCCAAAAUUGCAAUGCUUUUGACAGCAAGUAGAUCAAGUAGUUCCUCCAAAAGCUUAGAAGGCAUAAUGAAAAUGAUUGUUCAUAAACAUAUUACAGUGAUCCCAGUUGCUAUUGGCCCAGAUGUAAAAAUGGAUGAAAUGAAUUUAAUUCAGAGUAAAUCAACAAUAAACAAACCAUAUAUUUUGGAAAAUGUUCUAGAGUUGGAAAAAAGAAGAGAAGAAAUCAUUAAUUAUUUGUGUGAUUUGGCACCAGAGCCAACAAUGGCUUCAAUACUUAACCAAUAUACAACACCUCCUAGCAUAAUAACUGAAAAGCCCCACCGAAAGAGUGCUAUUGUUCCAUUGAUUACACCUAAUGAGAAGGUCAUUGAUUUUGUUUUUUGCAUCGAAGGUUCAGAAAAAGUUGGAGAGUCAAACUUCAAUUUGGUCAAAGAAUUCCUUGAAACUCUAAUCCAACGUAUGGCUAUAAGUGAAGAAACAAUUCACAUUACCAUUAUUCAGUUUUCCUACACCGUAACUGUAGAGUAUUCCUUUACAGAAAAACAGUCAAAGGAAGAUAUUAUUCAACGUAUACGAGAAAUUAAGUACCAAGGUGGAAAUUCCACCAACACUGGGAAAACCAUCAACUUUGUCAGUGAGAACAUUUUUACCCAAACCUCUGGUAGCAGAGAUAAUGUGCCUCAUUUAGUUUAUAUGGUAACCAGUAAUCCACCAACUGAUGUCAUCACUAGCACUGAUAAAACCUUCAGCAUUUUUCCCAUUGCUGUGGGUCCUGAUGUUGACAUACAUGAAUUUGAUCUGAUCACGACUGUUGAUAACCUGAUCAAGCUUACAGAUUAUAAUCAACUCAUAAAUGAGGCACCAGAUUUAGUGUUAAACACAUGUUGCAAACAUCCAGCAUACUGCGAAAAACCUAUGGACGUCAUAUUCAUCCUUGAUGGUGGUUCAAAUGUAAGUCCAUCCCAAUUUGAAGAUAUGAAAACAUUUGUCAAGACUUUCAUUGAGAAAAUCAACACUGGUAACAAGGCAACUCAAGUGUCUGUUCUUCAGUAUGGAAUGUCAAACACAAUGGAAAUUGCUUGGACGGACCCUCAAGACAAAAGCAGCCUGCUUCAAAUCGUAAAUCAUAUUCAAAAGAGAGAGAAUGGUCCUGGAAGAAUAGGAGAAGCUUUGAUGUUUGCAAUUCAGAGUGUCAUUUCAAAACAGCAUGGCGGAAGGCCUGAAGCUUUAAAAGUAGCAGUCCUGGUUGUCACAGAUAGAUCAUUUGAUGAAGUGAAAGAGACAGCUGAAAGUGCUGCUCUAAACAAACUGUCUAUAUUCCCUAUUGGGAUUGGACCCAAAUAUGAUGAAGAUGAGUUAAGGAUUCUUGCUGGGCCAUCAGCGAACAAGAAAAUCAUCAAGCUACAAUCAACCGAACAACUACCGACUAUGGUGAUGGUUAAGAACGAUUUCAUACAAAAGCUUUGCUAUGGUUCUGAUGAUGUUUGUAUUGAUGAAGAUGGCAAAAUUAGAAAGCCUGGGGAAACAUGGAAACUAUUAGACCAAUGUUACACAGUGACAUGUCAAUCAGGUGGAAAUAUGAGCAUCGAAAGUAACAGAGUGAGGUGUGAAAACGUUCCCAAGCCAUUGUGCCCAAAUCAAAUGGCAGCAAUUAAAAUAAGUGAACCAUGUGGUUGUAGUUGGACAUGCCCAUGCACAUGUAUUGGAAGUUCAACAUGGCAUAUUGCAACAUUUGAUGGGCUUCAGUUUAAACUUCUAGGGAAAUGCUCCUAUGUGUUAUUGAAUGACAAAGAGCAUAAUCUUGAAAUAACCCUUGAGAACAGUGAAUGUGAUUCAGAAAAUCAUCAUAUAUGUAUGAAUUCAAUAAACGUAAAGUACAAUCAUCACUCUAUACAACUUAUGAACAACAUGAAGGUUUUUGUUAAUGGGACACUGGUUACUACCCCUUAUAGAAGCAACCAAUAUGAAGUCAUUGAUUAUGGCUAUAUCAAUGAGAUACAUAUUCCCACACUGAAUUUGAAGCUUUCAUUUACACCAAUGAACAAUGAAUUUAUGCUCCAGCUUAACAAAAAUGUAUUUUCGUCAAAAGCACUAGGCCUUUGUGGUAACUGUGAUCAGAGUGCUGCUAAUGACUUUACCUUACAUGAUGGUUCAGUAACUGCUGACAGCAACACAUUCAUUAAGGACUGGACUGUUGCAGAUUCCUAUGGAAGUACUUGUGAAAUAACUGAAACUCCAUGCACAGAUCCAGUUAGUCCCCAAUGUGACAUUAUACUGUCAGAAAUAUUUAGAGGAUGCCACAAACAACUUUCACCAGACGACUAUUAUGCAUCAUGUAAAAAAUCAAGCUGUCAUGGGGAUGACCCAUGUAAAGUCAUUGCUUCUUACAGCAACAUGUGCAGAAUCCAUGGAGUGUGCGUAAAUUGGAGAACACCAGAUUUUUGUGCAAUGCAUUGUGAACUACCUAUGGUGUACAAUCACUGCCAUCUAGGGUGCAACAGAGAGUGCGGUGAAACAAGUGGAGUCCAGUGCUCCCAUCAUCCAACGGAAGGAUGCUUCUGCCCAGAUGGAGAUGUAAAGUUUAAAGGAAGUUGUGUCAGUGAAAAUGUCUGCACUCAGUGUACUGACCAAUAUGGAGAAGACCACCAACAUCUGGAAACAUGGAUAUCUCCUAAUGACCCUUGCGACCUUUGCAUCUGCCUUGACAAUAGGAUGAUUAACUGCUCCUCAAAGCCAUGCCCUCCAGUCAAACCCAUCAUGUGUGGACCUUGUGAAGUUCUCAGGUUGAAGAAGACAUUUGAUCAAUGCUGUCCUGAAUAUGAAUGCGUUUGUGACACAACUUGUGGUGAAACUCCUGUACCACCCUGUGAGAAUGGAUUUGCACCUGUCCUAACAAACACUGGAAAAUGCAAAGCAAACUAUGAGUGCGUUUGCAGAAAGGAAACAUGUGAACACUACAAGAGUCCGAAAUAUUGCCCUGCUUAUAAGAAACUCAUACAAAAGAAGACUGAAUGCUGUGAUGAAUAUGAGUGUGUUUGUAGCUGCACAGACUCUAUUAUCACUUGCCAAACUGGAUAUAUAUCAUCAAUUGUUACCAAUGAGUGUGGGUGUAAAACUGUUACUUGCUUGCCAGACAAGGUCUGUGUACACAGCAACCAUGCCUAUUCUAUAGGAAGCACUUGGGAAAAUGGAUGUCAGACUUGUUCCUGCACUGAAAUGGUAGAUGACAUCACACAGCUCCAUAUAUCAGAAUGUACAGAAAAAACAUGCAAUGAAGACUGUAAAGCAGGUUUCAGAUAUGUAAAGAAAGAUAAUGGGUGCUGUGGAAUGUGUGUCAGGGCUGUCUGUGAACAAAAGCUUCCCUUCAGAGGUCAAGGAGAUUUCGACAUGCCAGAAAGCAACGUUCAUUAUUAUAAUGUGGGUUCUAGCUGGGUGUCUCCCAAUGACCCAUGCAUUAUCAAUGAGUGCAUCCAAGUGAAUGAUGAAAUAUUUGUCAUGCAGAAGAAUGUGUCUUGCUCUGAAAUAAAUACCAAAAAGUGUCCUGCUGGAUAUGAACUAACAUGUAUGCAAGGCUCUGAAUGCUGUCCUUUGUGCCGCUGUGAACCAAUACCAGGCUGUCCCAUCAAUGGAACAAUUAUUGGGCCUUCACAAACAGUAAUGCUUGAUGCAUGUUCCACUUGUGAGUGUACCUUGGAAAGAGGACCUAUUUUGAGUUACAAGCUCAGCUGCAGGAAAACCAUGUGCCAACGUUGCCCAAAAAAUUACAUGCUGGAAAAAGUCAGCGGAUCUUGCUGUGGCAAAUGUGUGUCUAUGGGCUGCCCUGUAACACUGCAAAAUGGAACAGUUACUUAUAUGAAGCCAAAUGAAUCAAUAAGAGAUGGUUGUAACUACUAUUCCUGUAAAUCAAAUGCUCUUGGAGAGUUGACUAGGGAAACCAGAAUACAAGAAUGCUCAAUGUUCAACAGAGAGAAGUGCUUGGAAGGCGGGGGUAAAAUUAAGAAACUGGAUGAUACUUGCUGUGAGACAUGUGUGGAACCAGAAUGCAGACAAAUAACUGGCGUUCUUAAAUAUAUUCGUGUUGAUGACUGUAUGACUGAAGGACAGUUAAAUAUUCAGUAUUGUGAGGGAAAAUGCACAAGCAAGUCACUUUAUGCUAUUGAGACACACAGUAUGGAAGACCAGUGUGUUUGUUGUUCAGCUUCACACACUGAGGCUAUGUUGGUUUCCCUCAGAUGUACCAACGGAACUGUUGUACAACAUGAAAUACUUCAAGCAAAGAAUUGUGAAUGCCUUUCUCACAAAUGCACCAAAUAAUCCUUUAAAAUUACAUGGCUGUCAGAACCUAUUUCAUGGUUAAGUCAAGACAAUACCCAGUACCUCACUGAUCCCCUUUACAUUUUACUGUCAAGUAGUAUUGUGGCUUUUAACAUCAACCCACAGAAGGCUUUAUCAUACCAAGUAAUCAUGUGAGCUAUACUAACAUAUAAUAUACUAUAUAAACAGGCUAUUUGCACGACUGAAGAACAUGUUUUAUUAACAGAAAAUAAACAUAUGCCAACAAUAAUUGUCAAACGCAUUUAUAACUUGGUAAUGUACACAGCAUUUUGCAUCUCCAGGCAGUAACCUCACUAUCAAUACUGGACAAAAAUGUAGUUUUGUGGUCAGCUUCUAUUGUUGAAGCAUAAAUGUUUUAACAUGCCGUUUUAUUUCAGUAUUUGUAUGAGAAAAUUAUUUCUAAAAUACAUUAAAAUAGUCUUAAUAGGGAAAUGUAAUCCAGACAUACCUGGGUACCAGGAUUAUCCAUUACUGCCCUAAUGGUUCUACCAACACACAUAAUAAAAGUUGAAUUACAAUGUAUAAUUUCAUUGUAGGUAAAAACUACAUUUUGGGUGUUUUAUCUUCUCAAAAGUCAAUAAACAUGUUUGCUAAUUGUAUGAAUGCAAAAAAAAUAAUAAAGAGAUAUCUAUAUUUUA